AUGGAUCUCGGCCGUGGUUUGUUCGUGUGCGGAGUCGCCCGGCUGCUAAAUGGAGUUGCUGUGGGCCGGGCUGACAAACGAGCAGAGACAAGUGUCCAGGACUCGGACCGACGUGUUGGAAGAAGAAAUGAUGAAGAUGGAGACUUUGUUGUCAAGGCCGUGGUUGUUGUUGCCGACGGGCGGCUACAAAAGGUUGAGGCUGUCCGAGGCAAGUGUGGUCCUGUCGAACGAGCGGUCACGGCGGUCAGCUGCAAAGGAUGGAGUGUGAAUGUGUAA